CGGAAGGGAAAGUGUAAGGGAAAUGUAGUGACGCCUAACGAUUUUUCAAAAAUUCAUCCAUUCUUUCGGGACACCGCUCACCAGAAAGAGGAAUAGCAAUGGCGGACGCUGCUCCAGCUGCUCGUGGUGGUUUUCGAGGUGGAUUCGGUAAUCGUGGAGGUGCAGGAGAUCGUGGAGGUCGUGGUGGUCGGGGGGGCCGUGGUCGUGGUCGAGGACGUGGUCGUGGACGUGGAAAGGAGGACCAGAAGGAGUGGAUCCCAGUGACCAAGUUGGGACGCCUCGUUAGGGAUGGCAAAAUUCGCUCUCUCGAGGACAUCUACCUGUUCUCCCUCCCCAUCAAAGAGUACGAGAUUAUUGAUCAGUUCAUUGGACCAUCCCUGAAGGACGAGGUCCUCAAGAUCAUGCCUGUCCAGAAACAAACUCGUGCUGGUCAGCGUACCCGUUUCAAGAAGAGCUCCGUACAUUCAUGA